GAGGAGAGCGGGACACCGGCGAAUGGCGUCGUCGUCGUCGUCGUCUCUCCCGGCAGCCAUUGGGGCUUUGAGCCUCAGCCUGCCGGGGCCUGGCGCGUCUCCGGAGACUUUCCGCCUCGCCAAGUUCGAUCGGCCCCAGGCGAGCAUAGCAUUCUGGAAGCUGUUGUAUACUCUCCUGAAGCAAGUCCAAGGGGGAGGAUGGGUGGAGUCGACUGACACAGGGACCCUAGUUGGAUUUGUCAAAAGUGUAGCCUUGAGCCAUGGCUACAGAAGACUGAAAUUUUAUCAGCUUUCUUCUGAUGGUUCAGAGGGGAGCAGGGAGCUGCUGUUGGUGUUCUCCUGGCUCCUGUGCAGAAUUAACCUCAUGGAACAAUUACUGACACUAAGUAGACUGACACUUUGGGAUGAAGCAAUAGUAUGCAUGUGUUAUACCCCUCUGAAAAGCCUGCAGCAUGGGAGGACACUGGCUUCAAAAACUCAUGUGAAAGGCCCAAGAGAUGUCCGAUACCUGCAGUGGUUAAAUGGCCGCCUGCAGUUCCGGUGGCGGAGUUGCCAUACUGAACAGCAAGAGCAAUGCAAAGUCCUGCACAAGGUACAUUCAUAUACAAUUGGCUCUCACACUGACCCCAUUAUUGGCCAUUUCUCGGUCACAGAAGUAGAUGUUGUGAGACAACCAGAUAGUUACAAACAGUUGUUGCAGUUUGUGGAAUCUGACAACUCUCGAUUGGAAGCCUUUCUGAAAUGGAAGCCUAUGGAACCAGUGUAUUGGCAUUGGAUGGAGACUGUUUUGGAUCCCGAAACAGAAGAUGCAAAAUUUCACAAUGUGUGCAACAAGGACAUUCUUUUGCCAAGUGGUGACCUGGGUUGCUAUGGCAUUAGCAGAACUGUUGAAGAACUUAUCAGAUGCAGGAAAGAUCUAAUGACGCUUUCUGAUGAGCUGCAUGAGUUUGUAACAUACAGGAAACGGGGCUGCUGUGGAAAGGUCAGAGCAAGAGAACAAGAACAGCUAGGAGAAAAGGAGUUCUGCAGGGCUGUCAAAAAAGCACAAGACGUUGUGGAGCUAAAACUCUCUGAUCUUAAAUGUCAUAGUAGUGCUUGUAGGAUGAAUAAAAUACAUGGUCCGUACAGACUUGUAUUCAAAGGCAAGUGCACAAAGGCCAGAAAAAUGGACUGUGUCAGGUCAGCAGCAUCCAAUGAAGCCAUUAUAAAAGGAAUUGCCGCAACAGACGUCAUCCAUGACCUCAAGAAGCAAGAAGCAAGACUGAAGGCAUUGCUGAAGCAACGAGAGGAAGAAAGCAGGAAGAAGGUCCAUGAAGCGGCAAAAGGGCUUGAUCACAUGCUUUUCAUCCCAUCAAUGAAAAGACCAAAUGCAAGAAAUACAAACUAAAUAUAAAAUUUGGCAACGUUCAUUAGCUUUGAAAGAACAUUUUGGAGCCAUACAUGAGGCUGUCUCCAUCAUUGUUAGUGUUUGUUCCUGUCUUUUGGGGGUAAUGUUUUAUGUUUACUUUGAUUUUUCUCAUUUUACAUCUUAUUAUGUGUUUAAUGAGGUGGCAAUUAAUAAAUAUAAUAAAAGCAA